CUCCUCACCUUAUGACCAAUUCAUUGUUCCCUGCUUAUGGUUCCCUAAUCCUAACACCGCACCGUCGCUGGAUAUCCCCAGCUUCUGCGGCGGUAUAUUACCCGUCGUCCUUGUGGAUGAAACCCUGAGUUCCGCUUUAUCAUAUAUUGUAUCCUGCGGCUCGCGAGCAGCGCAUCUUUCCGUUCACUAUGAGUUACUACCAGCCGCCCCGACCCGUACUGGGUGCAACUUUUGUCCCGGGCACCGAUGACGACUAUUAUAUGCCGGAAUUGGUCUCACCGGCACCGCAGAGGUUGGGCCACCCCCUGCUGAUCACAAGGCGACGCUGACGAGAAAAUCCACCCCUUAGAAUCAUGCCUGAAGUCCCCGAAAACAUCCAGGAGAAUUUGGCGCAUCUGGAACUCGAAGCGAUACCACCCCGCAACGCCGGAAAUCAAGUCGAUAGUCCGAGUUCGAACUACAGCCAGGCAUCUCCUGCAAAUAAUCCCCAAGGCCAGGAUAUGGACUAUGUUUCGCGGGCUUACCAUCAAGCGCCGACCGUGAGCCAUCCUAUGGAUAACGGUCCGCCGCACGAGCAGCAGAAUAAUCAUGAUUACCAUACCCUCACCCUGCCUCCAGACCUUCCAAACUUCUCUCCUUUCCCAAAGCUGGUUAAUCCGGCUGCUAACGUUCCUCCUUCGGAUGAUCAAAAGGAAGCCAUACUGGAAAACGCCCGAAUACCCGUGUUGAACUCGAAUGACCCCGAAAUGCAGUUAGUAUGGGCGCAAGAUUGUCUUAUCUUCGUUGAUGCGGCGCAGUCGCAUGAAGAACGCUUGUCAAUGAAUCAGCCGGCGCGGCCUGCAACUCCUCAGGUGGAGCAUCAGCUCCGUGUCGACGCCAUGGAAAUAGUGCAGUUUUUGGCUAAUCAACAUCAUCCGAAGGCGGAAUUCAUGCGAGGGAUGUGGUUGGAAUUCGGUAAAUUCGAGCAACGGGUCGACAAACGAGAAGCCUUCCGAAGCUACUCCCGGGCCGCGGAAAAGGGAUAUUCGAGAGCAGAGUAUAGGAUCGGAAUGCAGUACGAAUCAUCGAACGAUCCGGUGAAAGCACUAAUCCAUUACAAACGUGGUGCUGAAGCCGGGGAUUCCGCGUCCAACUACCGACUGGGCAUGAUGACGCUCCUUGGUCAAGCGGGACAACAUCAAGACUUUGCUAAAGGCAUCAACUUGUUAAGACAAGCCGCGUCGACUGCGGAUGAGAAUGCACCUCAGGGCGCAUUUGUCUUGGGAAUGCUGCAAGCGAGAGAGCUGCCCCAGAUCGCUGUGCCAGAAAUCUAUCUUCCUCAUGACGACCGGUUGGCUAGGCAGAAUAUCGAAAAGGCAGCAUACCUCGGAUUUGCCAAGGCACAGGUGAAGAUGGGAGCUGCAUACGAGCUGUGCCUGCUCGGUUGCGAAUUCAGUCCCGCCCUGUCGUUGCAUUAUAACGCCCUGGCUGCUCGUCAAGGCGAACCGGAGGCGGAGAUGGCGAUCAGCAAAUGGUUCCUCUGCGGCUACGAAGGGGUGUUUGCGAAAAAUGAAGAGCUUGCAUUUCAAUAUGCUCAACGAGCUGCCCAGGCUCAGCUUUCCACGGCCGAAUUUGCCAUGGGCUACUUCCACGAAAUCGGCAUGCAGACCCCAGUCAGCAUCGACAAAGCCCUCGAGUGGUACGAGAAAGCCGCUCAAAAUGACAAUCAAGAUGCCGUUAGUCGUAUUGAAAGCAUCAAGAAGUCGCAAACCUUGUCCAAAAAGGAUCACGAACAAGUCGCAAUCUCACGUAUCAAGUCCCAAUACGGCUCGAAACGUGGUGCGCGACCGGACCGAUUUAAGGCACAAGCACCUCCUCUACCCACGGUUCUAGAUGACGAUGGCCCGGAAGCCGAUCAGCCUCCACAGCCUCCAUCCCAAUCCCAGACCCAACCUAAUGUUGUCCGCCCUCCUCGAACGUCCUCCUAUAUGCCAUACCCCGACAACGAUGGCCCUCCGAAACUCAAUAUUCCCGAGCGGCCAGCAACAGCUGCGCCGUAUCCAGUCGACGACGCGCCUCCUCACCAGGGCGGUCAAUUGGGUGGCGCCUAUUUUGUUCCUGAGAUUCGCGCUCAAUCCGCCGCACCACCCGAUCUACGACCGCUAUCUGGUGGAGCAUUCGGCAUCAACCCGAAUGUGUACGGCAAUGGCCGCCCGAAUACUGGCGCUGGUGCUGGGGCCCCGUCCCGUCCUUAUUCCAGUGUUGCAGAUUACAGUGGCGGUUCAGGGGGACGACCACGACCACCACCCGGGUCACGAAUUAGCUCCGGCCCUCCCGGACCUGGCAAUUAUGGCAGGCAACCGUCUCCCCAUGAGCGUCCAUACGAUGGUAGACAGGCUUCGCCCCAUCAACGCCCGUACGAUGACCGGCCACCCCCUGAACAUGGUAGGCCCGUACACAAUCCUAAUUUGGCCCCUCAUCCCGACAUUGGCUAUGCUGCACCGCCGGGCGACGGACGAGGUCGACCCGCCGCCGAUAAUUCGAUGCCACAGCGACGUCCUGACAAUCUUGGAUUCGUCGCGCCUCUCGAGGUCCGCAAAAAGCCCACCCCAUCGCCCCAUCAACCCUCCCAUAACCCGAACGUCCCACCGAAGGACCACCGCCCCCAUCCAACCGGCCCAGGGGCCCAGCCGCAGUACCAGUCAUACCAGCAUGGGAACCAGCAUCACCCCCAGCAGAGCCCUCACCCGCCCCAAGGAAUGCAAGGCCAGGGAGCCGGAGCUCGACCACCCCGCACCGCAUCGCUAUCCCAGAAUGCUCCGUCACAACAUGGCCCGUCACAGCAUGUUCCGCCGCGGAAAAAUACUCCGUCCAAGGAGAAGCCAUCGGGGCCGCAACCACCAAGCGGUGCUAUGAACCCGCCAAAGAGACCUGGGAAAGGGCCGAAGACCUUUGAAGAGAUGAAAAUCCCACAAGGAAAAAAGGACGGUGACUGCGUAAGUUUCCCAUUGAAGCCUUUCGUUUGCAUCUUUUUGUCGUUCAGUGAAGUUUCUGCGCUAACAUUAGCCAAACAGACGGUGAUGUGAUUCAUUCUCGCGCUGAAUUGUUCAUGCAUGACCACACGGUGAUCUAGGGGAACGGUACCAUGUUGCUCGAUUUCGCGCCAUGGCCCGAAGCGUUUGGUGAAGUGUUGCAUAUUCGGUAGCCCUGAGUGGUCGCG